AUGGAAGGACCUCAAUAUCGAUUAGUUUAUUUCGCUCAGAUUGACAUUACCUAUCCUUUUUUCCCAGUUCUGGACUACGAAUGGAAUCCCGAUUAUAUUUCCGUUAAUGUCAACUCCCCCGUCGUCCGGACCUCUAAUAAUUUCCAAAUUAAAAUAAUGAAAAUUACGUCAUCAUCGUCAAAGAACCAAGAACAACAUUCACAAUCAUAUGUAACUGUGGCCACGAAGAGCUUUAGAUUUGUUGAUUCAUGUAUCCUAUUCUCCACUAAUCCUCAGGCCCACCGAAUGCGGGACUUCGGAAACUGGAAAGAACGUUCACGGCGAAACCGUGGCCACGAUGAGCUUUCAAUUCCCAGACAUUUUAUACCUAGUGACAGCGUAACUUCUGAUACACAACGACUCAAUAAAUAA